CACUCUUAAGUGAAAAGUUCCAUCGAGAAUCUAAACUCCCGGAACUGUUCCGGUGAAUGUCCAUAACGCACGCAUUGCCAAUAUGUCCGAUUCAGCCGUCCUGCGUGAUUCCAAGCAGUGUUCUCCAAAUUCAGGGGGAACCAUGCUAUCAGGGAGUGAAGAUGAGCCAACGGAGAAUGGUGACGAGGACUUGGAAGAUGGCUUAAUCGAACCACCAGAAAUGUAUAAGAAAGACAGGCGAAGGGCGAAAUCUCUGCCCGCAUAUCCGGAGCAGGCUAUGCUUUUUGAAGAAAUAGCCAAUAACGGCCGAAAACGGGUGAAGUUCGCAGACUCCAUGGGCCUUGAUUUAGCAAGCGUGAAGCACUUCAGCACAGCAGAAGACCCGAAAAUCCCUUCCAAGGUUUUGUCGAGAUUGCAGAGCUUUCUCCCUCAACCACGGGACCGAGAGUAUACAAUCGGGGACCUGUGCGUAAACUUUAAAUCUACCUUGACCAUGAACCGUCUCAUCCCAACUUUCAAGAUGCCAGUUGAGGCUGAUGAUUUUGAAACCAAGGUAUUGCAGCGGCACGUCCACCUGGAGAAGGUAACCAUCACUCAGUUUGACAUCCGUGGGCAGAUUCGGACGAAUACUCAAAACUGUUGCAAGAGGGAAGUUGGUGUGAGGUACACAUUCAACGAGUGGCUCUCUUUCGUGAACGCGCAGGCGAUACCCAUGCCUUUCGAUGAGAAUACAGUCGGUGAGCGCUACACAUUUACCAUGUACACACCUCCAUUCCUAGACCCAUCUUCCUCUGUGCACUUCGCCGUGUACACCAGGAAUGACCAGGGCGAGUUUUGGGAUAACAACCAUGGACAAAACUAUACCUUGAAGUAUCGCUGUGCAGGUAUGCCGACCUACGAGAGCGCAGCAUUCCAUGCCACCUGAAAUUCGCCGUUACGCACGUGCGUAAAGAUGGUGUCGCUCAACCAGGUCUCUUAUGAAGUUGUUCUCCAUCAUGUGUAUUGAUAUAUACUUUUCAGUGAAGUGAAUGUAUUUUCUUCUUGCUCUCCGAGCACACCGUUUUGUUAUCAAGGUGUUCAUGAGUUCAUCAUGAUUGUUAUGAUGUUAGGCCGACUGUACCAUCCUUCCCAGGGACUGCGGUUGAAAAUUAGCCGGCUGGCUAAAACCGGCACUUUUACUGAAACGUUGAUUAAUGUGCACUGUUCCUGUAAAAAUAAAAAUAAACUCAACUAAACUCAACUUCUUUAAAGUAAAACAUGGAGUUGCCAAAUUUGCCUCUGUCCAAUUGUGUCUUCUGUUCUAGAAUGACAUUUAACGACACGAGAAUUUACAAUAAUAGUCGUUGGACUCAUUUGCAGUUAGAUCUCAUUUUCUGAAAUGGGGAAGUCAACAAAUCAGGACCCAUGGAUGGACUGAUUAACAUUUCUCAGCUACACUGCCAAUGGGGUCUACACAGACCCGAGACUACACAGACACGGGACCAUACUGGAAUACUUUAAAUUAGGCAUCUUAGGAUACAUGAUACACAGUACAUCUCAUAUCCAAGAGGACUUCACCUGUUCUACAUCACAUUUGCCUAUAAUGUCAUCAAAUCAGGAGAGCUACCUUACUGUGCUGAGUUGUGGAUUCAGUUCGGUCAUUUAUAGGAAUUGUGUUGUGUUAUUCAUUUUCACGAUUCUGCUAAAACUUGUGGCACCCUAUUUCCUAUAGAUAGCACUACUUUUGACUAAAGGGUAGGGCUGGUCACAAGUAAUAUACUUUAAAAGGGAAUAGUGUACCAUUUCAGACAUUGCCUUUGAUUCAGAGCCCAGAAUAAUGCAGAGUAUGAACAUGUGUGAUUUAUCCAAGUCAUAAUGCCAUCAUGGGAAGCAACAUCUGUCAAAGAGUUCUCUGCCAUGAAAUAUAUGAUUUCUUGUUUAUACUCCCCUGGGCACUGAGGAAUGAUUAACGAGCAAUCUGUCUGUCAUAUUAGUGUGCGUGGCUACUCAGUGAACAACUUGAUCAAAUGGUCUGAUGCAGCAAGUCCAUGGAACAUGAUGCAAAAAAAUGGGUUUUACUGCUCUGUAGAGCAUUGGUUUCCCAGUGUUGUUAACAGCAUUUCUGUCCCAAUUACAGCUAUGACUGCAUUAUAUAUAUUCUACAUGUUAUGUUUGUGGGUCCUAAUAGUUAUCAACAACUGUAUAUUACAAAACAUACAUUACACAUCUACGUAGCUAUAAAGUCAUACAAUAGGCCCAUUACAAUAUUCUGCAAUACAGUUGUUUAAUGUAAAACAUAUCUGUUGACAUUAUGACAUCCAUACAAUUAUAUAGGAUCUGUAUAUCACCUUGUCAAAACUCCUCCACUGCUUUCUCUACAAUCAGAACAUUCAGAGGGCGUUUGUAAUACUGUUGAUGGGUAUGUGAGCAGCACACGACUGAUGCCAGUGAUGUUAGCCUGUCAUGUACCCUUUAAAAAAAGACUACAUGGUGGCUGUCAGGUUGUUGUCCCAUACCUGUCCCCUGACCAAAGUUCAAGAGGCAAAUCAGCAAAUCACGUGGAGCUGUUUACUCUGUCAACAGAGAAUGCCUAGUUUCUAGGCUUCAGCUCUGCAGUGAUCUCACCGGGCAAGAUACACACAGGCCUGGGUUCAAAUACUAUUUGAAAUACUAUUUAUCAUUCAGAAUCGUUUUAGCACCCAGGUCUGGCGUCCGGACAACAUCCAUGCUGAUGGAGCGUGUACUCGUUCAUGUAACUGUUCAGUCGGUCUCAGAAUCUUGGGGCUACUGAACUGAAUGUAAAAAUAGACUAUAGACAAUGUGAAAAUGCAAAGUUAACCCCAAUCUUAAAUGGUACAUGCAUGUAUGUUGAUGUAACAGUAACAUGAUAUGGUGACAUUAACCUUGGGAUUCAUGCACUGUACAUGCCAUCAACUGGGCUAUUGAAUAUCAACCAAUAAAAUACACUACAUUUUCAAA